AAAUAAAUUUUAUAAUCUCACAUAGAAUUUACGAGUUUAAUUUUCGUAGAAUUUAUCUAUGGACGAAGCAUUUCUCGGAAUAAAUUAAGAUCUUCAUCAAUUAUCUCAUCUAGGGAAAAAAAAUGAACAAUUAAAAAAAAAAAAAUCUUCACUUCCAUCAUCUGUUCAGUGAUUAUCCAUCAACAAUCACCAGUGUCACACAUCUGUGGCGACAAAAUCUAACAGCAAAGCAUGAUGGGGGGCUCCCAUUCUGUCCACCGGGUAAUUGCUGUCCUUUUUGGGAGGGAAAAGAAUAAAGAGUGACUGAAGCGGCGCUGUGCCUUUCUUUUCUUCAGCCUUAAAGCACGAAUCCUCCUCUUCUUUUCUCUUCUUUUCCCUGUUUGAAUUUCUUCGGUGGCUGCCUUUUCCCAUUCUCUCCUCUCCACACAGCCUCUUUGUCCUCUCUCUCUUUCUCUCUCUGUGUAUAUCUCCCUUCCAUAGCAAUCAAAGCGGCAAUGUCUUUCAGAGGGACAAAUGCUUCUUCUGGCAUGGGUGUUGCUGAGCUCAGUAAGUCCACAUUCCUCGAACUGCAGAGGAAGAAGGUGCACCGCUAUUUAAUUUUCAAGAUUGAUGAGAACAAAAAAGAGGUUGUGGUUGAAAAAACUGGUGGCCCGGCUGAGAGCUAUGAGGACUUCACUGCUGCUUUGCCAGAGAAUGAUUGCCGAUAUGCAGUUUAUGACUUCGACUUUGUGACUUCUGAGAACUGCCAGAAGAGCAAAAUAUUUUUUAUUGCAUGGUCUCCUGCUGUAUCCAGAAUCCGUGCUAAGAUGCUCUAUGCAACAUCAAAGGACAGGUUCAGAAGGGAGCUGGAUGGCAUCCAUUACGAGAUCCAGGCGACUGACCCAACUGAAAUGGAUCUUGAAGUCCUCAGAGACCGUGCAAACUGAGCAUUGGAUUCAAAAGGCUUUGUUAUCAGAGAACGCCAAGGGUUUUCUUUGGUGAUCGAAUGAAAUGCAAUUUCAUGCUGCAAUUAGAUGGACACAAAUUAAUAUAGCUUGACUAUUAAAUAAUUGUAAUUGCCACCUGGGAAGGCUGAUUGGGGGGCUCGUAGAUAAUGUACGGGGAAAUUUGGGCUUCCUUAUUGCCAUGAUGCUUCCCAGGUGAAUAUGGGUAUGUUCUGUGUAUUGAGAAUAUGACUGCAAUUUUACGAAUAUGUGGAUGUUGUACCA